AUGUCGUAUUGCCUUAUUGUUGCCCAAAUGUCGUGCAACGCCAUAAUGGCCGUGCGCCAUAAAGGGCUUGCGAUAGUUUCUGUCAAUUUUCUUCCUUUUUUAUGGGAAGAGAAGAAAAAUUUAGUCGUGAAUCAUCGACAUAAAUGGCAUUAUUUUAUUGAUUUUUUCGUUGGUGAUUUAUUUUUAAUUUUUUUUCAGAAAAAUAUUUUUAUAAAAAUGUAUUUUCUUCCAACAGAAAUUAAAUUAGAUAUACUUAAACAUCUUAAUCCUGAGCAAUUAUUGAAUGUCCAACAAACAAAUUAUUAUUUGAAAAAUUUUAUUGAAGAAUAUAAAAAGGAAUUGGCACGGAAGAAAUUUUAUUGGCUACAUUUUAGUGUUUUUUUUCGCCGCCACAGGACCGAUUUUCUCACUUAUAAAUUAUUUCAACCAGAUCCCAAACUUUAUGACUUUGAAUUGAGUAGAGAACUUGAAGAAAAGUGGAAAUGUGCGAUAAAAAGAAGAAUUCCAGUGUUUUUUUAUCCUGAACAUGUACUAGAAAUGGCUUAUCUUGCAGUGUAUAAAAGUAGCCAUAAAAUAAGCAAAGGUUUGUUAGCAGUAGUUUAUUUCCCGACCCCAUUUUCUCAGAUUUGUUCCUCGAUUCCGCUCAAUUUUGAACAGCAGGAUAAACAGUCAACUUCUCCAAUUGUGACCCAAAAUUUAGUUAUUUUAAGCUACAAUCAUCUUUUUUGGGAAAAUUCUUUUUAA